GAGCCGUCCUCCUCCACACACUCGUUCGGCGAACGCAGCCGCUGCAGGACGAGCAGAACCUUGAGGGAGAACCGCGACACAGCGCGUAUGGAGCCGCAGAAGAUCAGAGAGGGUUACCUGGUCAAGAAGGGGGCGGUGCUGAGCUCCUGGAAGGCAGUGUGGGUCGUGCUUUCCGACGAUGGGCUGGACUUCUACAAGAAGAAGGCGGACAGCAGUCCCAAGGGCAUGAUCCCCCUGAAGGGGGCCACGCUAACCUGCCCCUGCCAGGACUUCCCCAAGAGGCCGCUGGUGUUCAAGAUCAGUGCGUCAAAAAACCAGGAGCACUUCUUCCAAGCCACCCACCUGGAGGACAGAGAAAUGUGGGUGAAAGACAUCAAGAGGACCAUCACUUGUCUACAAGCGGGCAAGAAGUUCGCCAGGAAGUCCACAAGGAGAUCCAUACGACUGCCUGACACGGUGAACCUGAGCGAUCUGUACCUCCAGAUGAAAGAUCAGGAAUCCGGUGUGAAAGAGCAGAAGCUGGAGAAGGAGAAACGAAUCUUCAAUCAUUGCUUCACAGGAAGCACAGUCAUUGAUUGGCUGAUCUCGAAAGCGAAGGCCAGGAACCGUCAGGAGGGCUUGAUGCUGGCCACGGGCCUUCUGAAUGAGGGCUUCCUGCAGCCGGCAGGGGACUUGUCCAAGGGAGCGGCUGAGGGAGGCGCCGAGUCUGUCCUCCUCGACCAGCCUGAUGCCCUCUACUAUUUUGCGGACAGCGGGUUUUUCUGCGAGGGGUACUCGAGUGACGAGGACACGAUCGUGAAGGAGGAGUUCCGAGGAGCCAUUGUCAAACAGGGAUGCUUGCUGAAACAGGGCCAUCGAAGGAAGAACUGGAAGGUUAGGAAGUUCAUCCUCAGAGAUGACCCUGCGUACAUUCACUACUACGACCCGGGCAAGGGGGAGAUCAACCCCUUGGGUUCCAUCCACCUGCGGGGUUCAGUGGUGACAGCUGUGGAGCACAUCCCUGACGCGAAGAAGCAUGACGUGGAGGGGAACCUCUUUGAGAUCAUCACGUCCGACGACACACACUACUUCCUGCAAGCCGCCACAGCGGAGGAGCGCAAGGAGUGGAUCCGCUCCAUCCAUACCGUGGCCAAGUCUGGCAAAUAGGGCCCCGGGGGGCCAGGGACCCCGAGAGCAGGAAUCGAGGAGCCACCAGCAGUAGACAUCUCAGCGCCAUGGCGGAGCGAGGCUCCUGCUGCAUGGCUCAACUACUUCUACUUCUGCAAUGUUAUUUCUGCUCUCGAUAAUUUCAGCUCAUGUCCCACAAGCUGCAGGGAGGUGCUUUAAUCAGUCCAUGGAAACUGUGUUUUCUUUAAUUCAUCAUAUGCAGGGUCUUCCUCUGCUCUUAUGUUCCACGUGAGCACCUCGCCGUUGUUAUUGUUCAUGAUGAGAUCUCACUGGAAACACGGUGACGGAACGUGGGUCAAUCUGCUAAAUUUACCCUCUUCUCUAGUUUCCAUUAAAUAGUGUGUGAACACAGCGAAACAUCCGUGAUGACAGCUCACUCCAG